AUGGAAGCAAGGAAAGAAGAAAAGCUUCACAUAGUGUUGUUUCCAUGGUUAGCCUUUGGACACAUGAUCCCAAACCUCGAGCUAGCCAAGCUCAUUGCUGGAAAGGGUCACCAUGUGAGCUUCGUAUCCACCCCAAGAAACAUACAGCGUCUCCCAAAACUCUCACAAAACUUGGCUCCACUCAUCAAAUUCGUCAACCUUCCACUGCCCACAGUCCAAAACCUUCCACAAAACGCAGAGGCCACCACUGACGUCCCCUACGACGUCGUUCAGUACCUCAAGAAAGCCUACGAUGCUUUGGAAGAACCCUUCACCCGUUAUCUCGAGUCUUCCAAAGCCCAUUGGCUUUUCUACGAUUUCGCUCCCUUCUGGGCACCUUCUGUCGCUUCCAAAUUCGGUAUCAAGAGUGCCUUUUUCUGCAUUUUCCCUCCAUCCUCUAUGUGCUUUUUCGGAGCCCCUUCAGUUAUCAUGGGCAACGAUCCCAUCCGGACAAAACCUGAAGACUUCACUGUCCCUCCGUCGUGGGUUCCUUUUCCAACCACCGUCGCAUAUCGGUACUUCGAGAUAAAAAAAAUCUUUGACUUCAUGUACGAUAAUGAUUCUGGCGUUUCUGACGCUUACCGGGUAGGUGCCACUAUCCUGAACUGUGACAUCGUGGUGAUUCGAGGGUGCACCGACUUCCAACCGGAGUGGUUUCAUCUGCUGGAGAACAUUUACCAAAAACCGGUUCUCCCUGUAGGGCAGCUCGUCAGCACAGGGUUAGACGGUGGCCUAUUUGGCGAGACGUGGCAGUGGAUGAAGGAUUGGUUGGACAGGCAGAAACAUGGGAGCGUGGUGUACGUGGCGUUCGGAACCGAAGCGAAACCAAGUCAAGAUGAAGUGACGGCGAUAGCUUUGGGUUUAGAAAAAUCAAAGCUUCCGUUUUUAUGGGCGCUGACGGUUCGACGUGGGCCGUGGGAUCCUGAUGUGCUAAGAUUACCGGAAGGGUUCGAAGAGCGAACCAGAGGGUGUGGAAUUGUGUGCACCAGUUGGGUACCGCAGUUGAAGAUAUUGGGACACGUGGCUGUUGGUGGGUUCUUGACUCACUGUGGUUGUAACUCUGUGGUGGAAGGCAUUCAGAACGCGAAACCGUUUAUUCUGUUAACGUUCUUGGCAGAUCAGGGAUUAAAUGCCAGGGUGUUGGAGGAAAAGAAGAUGGGGUAUUCUCUGCCCAGAGAUGAACGAGAUGGAUCGUUCACGAGUGACGCGGUUGCUGACUCACUGAGGCUGGUUGUGGUGGAGGAAGAGGGAAGGAUCUACAGAGAAACCAUUAAGGAGGUGAAGGAUUUGUUUGUGAAUAAGGAAAGACAGGAAAGAUACAUGGGUGGAUUGCUAAACUACCUUCUGAACCAUCUUUAG